AUGGAAAAUGAAUUGUAUAAUAGGCAAAUAAAUACUCGCCAUGAGUAUAAUAAGAUUAAGAAUGAUAUGAAAAUUGGUACAUGGAAUGUAAGAAGCUUUCAUAAAGACGGAAAAUUGGAUGACCUUAUUCGAGAAGUAGGAGAAAAUCAGAUAGCUAUUAUGGGACUAAGUGAAGUACGAUGGGUUGGCAAUGGAGAAUUUACUAAAAACGGAUAUAAGUUGUACUUUUCUGGAGGAAAACAGCAUCAUAAUGGUGUAGGCGUCUUGAUUGAUCAACGCAUUGAAUAUUUGGUUGAGUCAUGGAUUCCACUUUCAGAUAGAAUUAUAUUUCUGAAACUAAAUACUAAAGAAGUUAAAACGAAUUUAAUUCAAGUAUACGCUCCAACAUCCGGAUGUUCUGAAAAUGAGUGUGGCUCUUUCUAUAAUCAGCUUCACGAUACACUUGGAUUUGCCAAAAGUAAUCAAAGAACAAUUAUCCUCGGAGAUUUUAAUGCGAAAGUGGGAAAAGGGCAAGAAGGCACAACUGUGGGAAAAUAUGGCCUUGGAAGAAGAAAUGAGCGUGGAGAUAUGUUUGUAAACUUCUGUAAGGAACAUAAAAUGGUUAUCAUGAAUACAAUGUUUGAACAUCAUGAACGACGUUUAUAUACUUGGAGAUCUCCUGCUGAUUCACAAAAUCAUAUUGUAAGAAAUGAGAUCGAUUAUAUUUUAAUUAAUGAUCGAUAUAAAAAUAAUAUAGUAGACGUGAAGACUAAACCCGGUGCGGAUGUUGGCUCUGACCAUAAUCUGCUACAAGCAAUAUUUAGACCUAAAUUCAAAUUAUUAGAAAAAAGUGCUACAAGAAUACAGACAGAUGUACAGGAGCUGAAAAAUAAAAAGAUACGAAAACAAUUUAACGACAACUUAAAAGACACAUUUAAAAAGACAUUAAGCAGUACAGAGCGAUGGGAGGGUAUAAAAGAAGCAUUGAAAAAGGCAGCUAAAGUAGUUUUGAAUGAAAAACCUACAGAUAAAAAACAAGACUGGAUAACGAAUGAAAUUAUUGGUUUAAUGUCGGAAAGAAGAAAGUUUAAAAACAAAGAUGUUAUUAAAUAUAAGCAGGUGCAAAAAAUAAUACUGAUGAAAAUAAAAGAAGCAAAAGAAACUUGGUUGACACAGAAAUGCAACAACAUUGAAGCACUAGAAAAUCUAGAGGACCAGUAA